AUGCAGACUGGGAACUCAGACCUCCCCCUCGAAACACUUUCACACGCAAUCUCCCUCCUCGCGCCCCCGUUCUACGCCGAUAAUCGGGACGAGAACGCCCCUCCCGCGCAAUACCAUCGCUACCUCGACCCUCCUCCCUUCUCUGGCGCAGCUGUCACUGGACAGAUCUCGCAAGUCUCGAAAGCAUGCCAUGUGCUCCUCGAGGCGUCGCGGCCGUGGUUGUGGGAGAGCGUGGAUGUGCAGGGCGGAAGAGGGUGGUUGGCCAUCGUCAAUGCCCUGACGGAGGAGGUGCUGGAGGAGAACAACGAAGAUGAGGAAGCAGCUGGACUACCUCCGGCGGCGACUCUGGUGCCUAAGACCCCUACACUUCCUAGCAGGACGCCGCCCUCCAUGUUUGCGCCCGUGAUCGGCGAACACCCCAUUCACCCCUCCUUUGCGCCAGAUGCAACUCUGGCGUCUACCCCUAUCCUAUCCCCGACAUGGACAAGUCCCCUCGCUCCGCUCAAGAUCGAGGGGCUGCCGAUGCCUGCAACAAAGUCCAUCCUAACUUCCCCUUCACCCAUCAUCCUCCCCUCCAAGCUUCGCGGUCGGUCCCGCUCCCCUCGGCGCAGCAUCGGAUUCGCCGAUGAGGGCAUACAAGCCGUCAUGGAUCGCAGUCUGCCGACGUCUAUAUCCCUACAGCGACCUCCGGGUCUGGCAUGGCCGCGCCGUCCGUCGUUCUCGGCAGGAAGGCGUACCUCGCUCAACAACGUCAACAACAGGGAAGAGGAUUGCGGAGAUAUGGAGAUGUAUGAGGAGGGGAUAUCUUCAGGGAUCGAGGGUAUGGAUGUCGGGACGAGGAGGGACGGAUCAAACGACUCACGGAUCCUCACUCCUCCAAGGCCGGAGCCACCGGGACUGCCGCCGGCCGAAGAGGAACACUGGCUCAAUUGCAACCCGGAGUUGUUACCGCCACCGGGCCCGUACAUCCGCCACUUGAGCUUUGUCAACUUCAGGACGAUAGGAAGCAGGAGAUCUCAGGAGGAGGCGGUGCGAGGGAGAUUCGUUACCGGUGGGAGAUUGGAGGGGUUUAUCAAGAAUGCGCCAAACCUAGUCUCCCUGUGUAUGACCGAAUACGUCGACUCUGCUCUGAGCUCGCAAGUCAUCGAAGAGCUCUUCUUCCGCGGGACGAAGCGUCCACGGAUCAAACGGCGGCUAUCGUCUCAACGCGGCUCCUCCCUCUCGCGCAUCCGCUCGGUCUCCCUCGGACCCUCGGACACCUCACAAACCCAUGAUCAGCUUGAUCCCCCUCGUCCUACCUAUGUUCCGUACGAGCACGAGACAGAGGAUCAGCAAUGGCGUCGUCGGGCGAUGUUUACUCCGCUCGAGGCGUUGGAUCUCACGGGGUGUGUCAGCCGGACGUUCCAGGAUGGGAUGAGGGAGUUCUACGAGCAUCACUACGCUCCAGACGAGGCGGUCAGUGAGGAGGAGAGUGGGGGAGAUAGGGGACGAGGGAGAUCUAGGAAGCGGGCCGCUGGGAAUACCUCGUCAACGGAGACGGAGACGGAAGAUGAGGGUCAUUCUCGGCGAGGGGAACGAUCGGCAUCUCAAACUCAGCGGCGGCCUCCUAUGUUCCCCCAUCUGCACCGACUGUCCCUCCGCGGAUGCCUCGGUGUCGACGAGAAGAUCCUCGAUGCUAUCCUCCCCUCCUUCUCCGCCCUCACACACCUGGACCUGUCGGGCACCAAGGUCUCCUCGUCCUACCUCACUUCCCUCAUCGACCGCUGUCCCCGCUCUUUACGCCUGACGAGCCUUUCCCUCGCUCGGUGUCCCCGCCUCGACCCCUUCGUUGUCGUGCAAUUCCUCUGCUUCUCCCCGGCCGUCAACGACCUGCGCGAGCUCAAUCUUUACACCAACCGUACCCAGGGCAACGCUCUCCGGUCCGACGACCUCCUACAGCUCAUCACCAAAGCUCCUUGCAUCAAAAGUGGCAAGCUGCGGUAUCUCGACAUCUCGUCUGCCAUGCUCAAGGCGGAGCAUCUUCUGCCGGGUACAUUCCCCCCUCAGCCGUCACUCGUUUCUCUCGGUCUAUCCCACAUACCCCUACUUCCCCUCCCUCCAAUCGCUACCUUCCUCCUCCAGCUCGCGCCCAACGUCGAGAUUCUCACUCUCACGGGCACAGCAGCGGACACUGCCCUUCGGCCCGCCAAUACUGCCCUUCAGCUCACUCUGGAGCUCCACGCACGGCUCAUCAAUCCCCUCACUACCGUUCCCUUCUCCAUGGCCGAGGCGCUCGCGCCUCCCGGCAAGCUCAAGAACCCCGGUCCGUCCCGGCUCCGUGUCAUUGAGCUGUCUUCCUCCAUCCGGAACUCGAUCGGGCCGGAAGGAGGGAGCAACGAGUGGAAAGUCAUCCGCUCGAAAGGAGGAAGAGGGUGGUAUGUCGACGUAUCGGCCGGGUGGAUCGAGGAGGUCUUGGAGGAUGGCAAGAAUACGGCGAAUGGGAGAGUGAGCAGCGGGGUCGGGUGGCAUAGUCGGAAGAUGGAGGUGGUCAAGGGGUAUGGGAUGUUGGGGAGGGAGGAGGGACUGGCGGGUGCGGGUGCUUUUGCUUUUGAGGAGUGA